AUUCGUAUUUUAACUUUCAAUUCAUCAAGUCGCAGAUUUACAAUCUUUUCAUUGGAUGUUUUAAUUAUCACCUUUUAAAAAGUUCUAAGAAAUGCUGAAAACUUUCUUAAUCACCGCAUUAUGUUGCGGUGAUAUUUUCAUGCCAAAAACUUCUAAUAAAUUUAAAGAAAUUAAAAGUGCCAGAAACUUUCUCGAUCCACAUUUCACUGAAGGUCACAAGGGCAUCGUUCAAUUAUUUGAGUGGAAGUGGAAUGAUAUCGCCUCUGAAUGUGAAACUUUUCUCUCUCUAAUGGGAUAUGGUGGCGUUCAAAUCUCACCACCAAAUGAGAAUGUCAUCAUCUACAAUCGACCAUGGUAUGAACGUUAUCAACCAAUAUCUUAUUUGAUUAAGACAAGAUCAGGAGAUGAAAAAAGUUUUUUAGACAUGACACAAAGAUGCAAUAAAGUUGGUGUGAGAAUUUAUGUCGAUGUUGUCAUCAAUCACAUGGCAGCUGAUCAGCCAAGCAAAACAGCUGUUGGCACUGGUGGUUCAAAUGCUAAACCUGACAUCAGAGAUUACCCUUUUGUACCUUACAAUGUGACAAACUUUCACCCACCCUGUCCACUCAUUGACUUUAACGAUCGUUAUCAAGUAAGAAAUUGCGAGUUAGUUGGACUUCAUGACUUAAAUCAAACGAUUGAAGAUACAAGAAAUAAGAUUGUUGGUUAUUUAAAUCAUUUAAUUGAUUUGGGAGUCGCUGGGUUCAGAGUAGACGCAGCAAAGCAUAUUUGGCCUAAUGAUCUUCAGAUUAUUUACAAUCGAUUAAACUUCUUAAACACUUCGUUUGGGUUUGAUGCAAGGUUAAAUCCAUUUAUUUAUCAAGAAGUUUUUGACAGUGGAAAUGAAGCUGUCAGUAAAUUUGAAUACACAUUUGCUGCUGUCACUGAAUUCCGCUAUGCACUUGAACUAGCAAGAUCAUUCACAAGAAACGAUCAACUGAAGUGGCUGAGUGGAUUUGGGGGGAAAUGGGGAUUGUUGCCAUCAAAGUAUGCAGUGGUUUUCAUAAAUAAUCAUGACACGCAACGAUCAGGUGGAGUGCUGACUUAUAAAAAUGGAAAAAGCUUUAUCAUGGCUCAAGCUUUCUCUUUAUCUCAUCCAUUUGGGACAAAACGAAUCAUGAGUUCAUUUGAUUUCGAUAAAGUUGAAGAAGGUCCACCAAACGAUGGAAAAGAAAAUAUUUUAUCACCAACAUUUGAUGAGAAUGGACAAUGCAACAAUGGAUGGGUUUGCGAACACAGAUGGCCACAAAUAGCUUCGAUGGUUGAGUUUAUGAAUGUUGUUGAUGGUGAAAAUAUCACAACAUGGUGGGAUAAUGGAAGCAAUCAAAUUGCCUUCUCUCGAGGUUCCAAAGGAUUUAUCGUGUUUAAUUUAGAAACAGAUUCAAUGAAAGAUGUUUUAAUACAAACGAGUUUAAAAAGUGGAAUUUAUUGUGAUGUUGCGAGUGGAAGAAAAACGUCAAAUAAUUCAUGUUCUGGUAAAAAAUUGAUCGUCUCAUCGGAGGGUUUAAUUUCAAUUGACUUACAAUCUGAUGACUUGAAUGGUUUCAUUGCAAUUCAUACGAAGCAGAAACUUGAUUAA